ACGAGUUGGCAGCACUGGCACCGCUGAAAGCACUUUUUAUUUUUUUUUUGUGCGGCGCCUUCGGAAUUUCGGACGACACGCAGGAGCAAUGGCAACGAUUUUCUUCGCCGAGCCCGAGUUGGUGGUCGGCCACGGCCGCAGGGUGCUGUUCGUCAACCCCGACGACCUGCAGAUUUUUAAGGAGAUCGAGCUGCCGCCUGAUCUGGCCACGUGCGGCCUCAAGGUACCCGAGCCCGGAUCCUGUCCAGCCACUGGACCCGGCCCCGGCCAGGAGCAACAGCCUGCCGCUGCUGGUGGAGCUGCAAAGCAGCGGGAAGCAACAGCUUCGGGAUCUGGUUCCGCGGCCGAGGUGGCGGUGCAGAAUGUAAGCUACUCGCCGGACGGACAGCUGCUGGCCGUGACCACGUCCGGCGCGCAGAAGGCCCUGCUGCUCUACCGCGCCCGCCCGGAGCAUGCCCGCCUGCUGUCCGCUCGGCCGCUGGCCCGCGCCGCCAGCGCCUUGCGCUUUUGCAGCGACAGCAGCUCCGUGUUGGUCACGGACAAGACGGGCGACUGCUACCAGUACGACUGCGUGGAAGUGGAGGCUGCUCCGCGCCUCCUCCUCGGCCACCUGAGCGUGGUGUACGACAUUCUUUGGUCCGAGGACCAGCAGCACAUCAUUACCUGCGACCGGGACGACAAAAUACGCGUCACCAACUAUCCCGCCACCUUCGACAUACACAGCUAUUGCCUCGGGCAUCGGGAGUUUGUGUCGGGUCUUGCCUUGCUCACCGAUCGGCACAUUGCCUCCGCCUCCGGCGACAAGACGCUGCGCAUAUGGAACUUCAUCGAGGGCAAGGAGCUGCUGGUGCACGAGCUGCCGGCGCCGGCGAUGCGUAUGCAGGUGCGUGAACUGGAAACGGACAAGGUCUUCCAGGCGGCGAUGCUAUUAUACGAUUAUGAGGAUGCUCUGGCCCUGUUCCACCUGGAACGGAGCGGCCGAGAGAGCUGGGCAAUCAACCUCACGCAGCUGGUGCGGGCGGACGCAGGUGCCUGGAACAUUUGCAACUUUACUUUAACCGCCAACCGGAUCUAUGUGACAGGGGCGGUGAACGAACGCCUGGAGCUGCGGGUGUACGACAGCGCCACGGGCAUACCAUCCAAAGGAGUGCCCGAGGGCUGGCUGAAGAUGGUGCUGGAGGGGCUGCAUGCCCUGCCGGAUGCGGAUGGCAACUGUGUGAACUUUCAGCCCGAGGACCUGUCCGUUUGGUUCAAGAAGCGAUUCGACAAUGUCAGCGACUAUUUGGAGCGCAAGAAGCGGCGCAUCGAGGAGCAGCAGCAGCAGAAGAGCAACUAAGUAACCAAACCCGUAUCUUUACAUAGCAUUUAAUAUUAGCGUAUGGAGAAGAGCAACGGACUAUGUAUGACAAGCCUGUUUCGUGGACAUAAUAUAUAUAUCUGUAUAUGUGUGUAAA